GUCUGGGAACAAGUAUAAUACUGGCAAUUCAUAUGACUCCGUGUCGAUAAAGAAUCAAAAAGAUGAUACAACACUUUCUUUUAAUAACUUUGAUCAAACGGAAAUGUUAGAUCAGCCGGAUUCUAAUCAAUCAAUUUCAACUCUUGAAUACGAUGCUACUUAUAAAGUUGAUACAACUUUGAAUUUUCAAAAAAAUGCUUUAAAGAAGUGUUUACGUGCAAAUUGUACUAACUUACGUUACGUAGAAAAUGGAAAAGCACAUGAGUUUUGCGGACAAACUUGUGCAAAAAUGAUUCCUCU